AUGGAAAGCGUUAGCUUGCUUCUGUUCUGCCUUGCUUUGCUGAACAUUAUAGCAGCUGUCACUGUGACAGAAAGUAUUAAUCCAUCGCAAUCCAUAAGUGAUGACCAGAUCAUUGUUUCACCCGGCAAAACCUAUGCACUGGGAUUCUUCAGUCCAGGCAAUUCCAAGAACCGUUAUGUGGGAAUUUGGUAUAAUGAGAUUCCAACACAGACUGUAGUAUGGGUCGCAAACAGAGACAACCCUCUUACUGAUUCAUCAGGGGUUUUGAAGCUCAAUGAAAGUGGAGUUCUUGUCCUUCUCAACCACAACAAGAGUGUUAUCUGGUCAUCCAACACAACAAGUUCAGCGCGACAUCCGGUAGCAAAACUUUUGGAUUCUGGAAAUCUCAUUGUGCAGGAUGGAAACGGCAAUGAUGAGGCAAAAGAUUUGCUGUGGCAAAGUUUUGAUUAUCCAGUGGACACAAUCUUGCCAGGACAGAAGUUCGGAAGAAAUCUAGUUACAGGUCUAAAUCGGUACAUGUCAUCAUGGAAUAGCUCUGAGGAUCCAUCUCAUGGUGUAUAUAGUUAUCAACUUGAUAUUACUGGAUAUCCACAGUUUGUUUUGAGACAAGGAAAUUCCAAAAGAUACCGUUUUGGAUCAUGGAAUGGUAUUCAGUUUAGUGGAGCACCUCUAUUGAAACAAAGUCCUUUAACUAGAUUUAGUUUUAUUUCUGAUGAGGAGGAGUUGUAUUUUAGAUUUGAGCUUACUAACAAGUCACUUUUACAUAGGAUGGUAUUAACACCAGAUGGACAUAUCCUGGGGACUUAUUGGGAUAAUGAACGAAAAAUUUGGAACUUGCAUGCACGAAUUCCGGUGGAUGACUGUGAUUAUUAUGGCAAAUGUGGAGCGUAUGCUAGCUGCAAUAUAGACAAUAUCCCUCCAUGUAAUUGCUUGGAUGGAUUUGUACCCAAAACAGCUGACCUAUAUGGUAGUUGUGCCAGGAGAUCUUCACUGAGUUGUCAUGGAGACGGUUUUUUGCGGGUUUCAGGGUUGAAAUUACCAGACACAGAGAGAUCCUGGUUUAACAGAAAUAUGAGUCUUGAGGAUUGUAAGAUAUUGUGCAUGAACAAUUGCUCCUGUAUGGCUUAUGCAGCCUUGGAUGUCAGUAAAGGGCCCAGUGGGUGUUUACUCUGGUUUAAUGAUCUGGUUGACAUAAGAAACUUGACCGAUGUUGAUGAAGAUAUAUACAUAAGGAUGGCUAGGACAGAAGUAGAAGCUAUUGAAGGAAAGCAAUUACAUAAAUCCAAUUUCAGGAAGCAAGAGACUGUUUUCAUCAGUUUUGCGUUGUUUAUUGGAAUUUUAAUCCUAUGUUUCACCUUCAUCAUAUAUAGACGGUUGAAGACACGGCAGAAAGGAAAGAUGGAAGGUAAUCUAGAAAGGGAUGUGAAUGUAAUAAAUGAGCACGAGAAGGAUGAUCUAGAGCUACCCAUGUUUGAGUUGUCUACAAUUACUUCUGCAACCAAAAACUUUUCACCUGACAACAAACUAGGGGAAGGUGGCUUUGGAUCAGUAUAUAAGGGCAUCCUGCCCGAUGGAGGAGAAAUAGCUGUCAAGAGGCUCUCUGUGAAUUCGAAACAAGGACUUCCUGAGUUCAAAAAUGAAGUUAUGCAUAUUGCAAAGCUUCAGCACAGGAAUUUAGUGAGGCUACUAGGGUACUGCAUUCAAGCAGGGGAAAGAUUGCUUGUUUACGAAUUUAUGGCCAACAAAAGCUUGGAUUCUUUCAUAUUUGAUGAAAACAAGAGCAUGUUACUAGAUUGGCCAAGGCGCUUGCUGAUUAUCAAUGGGGUUGCUCGGGGUCUUCUUUACCUUCAUCAUGAUUCAAGGCAUAGAAUAGUUCAUAGAGAUCUCAAAGCCGGAAAUGUUUUGUUAGAUAGUGAAAUGAACCCCAAAAUCUCGGACUUUGGACUGGCUAGAAGCUUUGGAGGAAAUGAAAUAGAAGCAACCACAAAACAUGUAGUUGGAACCUA